AGGAAGCAUUUUUAUGUAAAAAUGGUUUGAGGGUAUGGAAAUAAGAAACCGCGAAUUUGGGGUUUUACUUUUAAGGUGCGAACCCGGGAACCAACAAAGCUCCACGGCGUCGACUGGGCAGAUUUCAGCUCCAUCAUGUGGGCAGCCACCGUCUCCUUCCCUUCACUUUCUAACCUCCGGGGACCCAUUCCUCUGAAUAAUCGACUGGACUCUUCAAAGCGCCAAUCUUUGAAUCUUCGAGCUUCUUUCUCCGAUUACCCCCUUGCCAGCAGACUCAUGGUUAGAAAUUUACCAUACUCCACCAAUGAGAAUCGGCUACAAGAAGAAUUUUCAAAUUUUGGUGAGAUUGCUGAAGUGUUAUUAGCAAAAGAUCGAUUAACCAAAACACCAAAAGGUUAUGCGUUCAUCCAAUACACUAGCCAAGACGAUGCGAUGCUUGCGCUGGAAAAUAUGGAUUGCAAGAAAUUUGAUGGAAGGACGAUCUAUGUGGAACUUGCAAAACCUGGCAGUGGAUCUUUUCGAGGAUAUCCGGUAACCUCUGGACCCCCGAAAGAGCGGCCUAUACCUAAAUUGGUGCCAGAAGAGGUAGCAGAUUGCUGGUAUUGAUCUUGUUCUUACUGAGAUACACAAUAUAGGACAGAGAUGGGUUAACAGUUAAUGACAGUUGGGCACCAUGAGAUCAAUCCCAAAGAAUCUGUGAGGGUUGAAGUGUUUGUUGUGAUGGAUUCCUUACAUUCCUCUUAAUAGUUUCAGGCUUUAGAUGCUGAUGCCAUCCUGCAACUUUGAUAUCUAUUUGUAUUUACACUGUUUACGACACUUGAUGCGUCUUCUAGUGCAUAUUGCUGUAUGUGGCGUAGCAAUUGAGAUUAUGGAUAAUGUGGUAAUUCAUAAAGCAAAUGCUUCUACUACUCUGUUGUUUUUUGGUCCA